AUGAAGUUGAUUCAAGAUGUUAUGGCUAACAGAGAAAAGGUUUCACAGCUUCUGGAGAUGUCUACUCACCAAAUCAACCUGCUUACCUCACCUACUUUCUUACCAAAGGUGAAGGAUCAAGGGAAGUUCACUCUCCCUUGCAAACUAAGCCAUAUUGAGCUUGACAAUGACUUGGUGGAUUUGGUGCAAGUUUUACCAAACUCUUUAGACCUCUGCAAGUGCACAGAUCGCGGAAGUAUGGGUAUCGAACACAAGGACUGGCUAUUGAGUACACUUUGA